CACUUCGUCCCAUACACGUGGAAGAUCUCUCUGCUGCUCAAGGAAUGCGAAGUGGUGACCGUCAGCAAUCAGCAUAACUGGAGGACUUGCAGCUCCACGAACCAGGAGAACAACCACGCGGCCUUCUGCGGCGACCUGCUGGACGUGUCCUUCGACCUGCCGUUCGUCGACUUCCGCCCGACGGUCAUUCCGCUGAAGAUCUGGAUCCAGGGCGAGGCCGUCGACAUGAGCCUGUACCUGCCCGAGGUGAACACGUCGCGGCCGCUGCCGCUGUCGCUGGACAAGAACAUGAAGCUGGUUCCGUGCCGGCUAAAAGCGUCCAAGUGGAGGAGAAAGUGCGUCAAAUCCCAGGGCUGGGUGGAGUGCUGGUCGGUGCCGAUAGUGGCGCUGAGCGUGCGCUACAACUACCACCCCAUCGCGCCGCUCGGGCCCGAGCCCCAAGCGGACAUAACGACGCCAGAGAAAGAGGAAAUCCUGCUCUCCCCCAUGAGAAUACCCCGCUGAAUGAGGAAACAGCCGCCCAUCAACUGGACGAUGGACGCAACGCCUUCUGACCGCACGUCGCUGCCGCCCGACAAGGUGAGCGUGGAGCUGGAAGUGGGACCCUCCAUCCUGCUCGCCUACGGCACCAUCAUCACCAGCUUCAUGAACCUGUUGGAGAACAUCUUCGGCGAGGACCAGACCUUCACGGACAUGCAGAAGACGCCCAACUUGGAGACGUACUUCUGGUCCAGCGAGAACACUCCUGCCGGACCGGAGCAGCAUCAACCAGCACGGAGACAUAUCCCCUUAGAUAACACGAGUGAUUCCAGUAAAGACGCCUUCGACCCGCGGCGGUAUCGACCUUUGGACGUGACCGUAUCGAUAAUAAUCCACGACAUUCAGGCGCAUUUAGUAAAGAAUUAGAAUGAAAAAUGAACUUCCGCCCCCAUUAUACCUAUUGAGAGGUUCGGCUUCGAAAUGGACAAGAGGCCUCAAGGAGAUCAAGAUGCAACUCCUUCGAGCCCCUCCAUAUUAGGUCCCGGCGAAUAAUCUAUCGCGAACCAACCCGAAUAACUCGGGAGCUCUAUAUCAGGCCAUCUCAUGCUCUCGUCUUUCCAGUUACGGGCCACGGGUUCUUUAGCGACAAUGAAUCUGUCUGUCGAAGAAGAUACUGUAGAGUACGCGUGGAUGAUGGAACCGCAACUGGGCCAGUUGACCGGCCGUUUAACACUUCCACAGCUCUACCAGAUCGUGUCAUCUCUGGAGACCUUUCUACUCCUCAUCUGUGAUAGUGAAAAUGAAUUAAUUCCGCCUAACUCCACCAAACAGUGCCACCACGGCACGAACAGUAACAUCUGUCCGGAAACGGACGUGGCGCUGAAGUACCGGUGCCCGACCGCGAACGAGAUCAAAUACAAGAUGAUCCGAGUGGCGAUAGAUUUGAUAGUGAACAUCUAUAUCGCGGACACGAACACGACACUUCAAACCUGGAUUUCUCCAGUGAGGCUGAGUGUGUGCAACUUGCACGGGGCCGGGUUCGGAAAACGGGGUCACGGAGCUGCUGCCGAACAUCAAGCUGGCUCUGUUCACGCAGACCAACAUGCAGACCAGCUCGCACCACGCUCCUCCAACGGCAGCAACAGCAGCCAGAGCAAGCUGCCCGAGAGCGAGAACUGGGUCGGCGUCGGAUCCAUUUCUCUAGGCCCGGUUUUACUCGAAGCGGCUUCGUCGUUACCGCAAAGUCCGAGGAAUCUACACUUGGUGCAACAAAAAUUCUUAGCAAAACUCCACGACGAUAAAACUAAACGGCUAUGGUUCAUGUGGCCAAAUGAGGGCAAGUCCGCCUUGCCAGGCGGCUGCAUGGGCGGCUGUGCAUUCUUCGGUUCCAACAGGAACGGAGCCAACUUCUUAAAACCGAAUCCUUCAGAUCUCCAGGACGGCAUCAAUGUAGCGAUGUUUAAUAUCAUAGAGACGACGGCCGGCGAGUACGGCUACGGGCAGAGCCUGCUGCACCCCGGCCAGCUCGUGUUCCACACGCCACCGCCCUACGACAGCCUCAACGUGUGCCUGCAGCCCUCCAACACCUCCACGCUCAUCCCGUACGCCGCUUUGCCAUGGAAAGCAGCGUCUCUGAUUCCAAAGUUGGCUCUAAGCUACAACACGGUGAAAGACAACACUAAUCUAAACAAGAAAUGCCUUCGCGAAGCGUCGCGAGUGUCAGAGUCUCACUACUCUCUGAACUCGCACCCGGCGCCGCACGAGGAAGCCGUACCUCUGGAAGUGCAGAGAACGAUGUCGAUCACGAGCGAGAACCACUCAGGAAGCUUUCUUCCCGCGGACGAGGACAUGUUUCCGAGCCGAUCUUCGGGAGCCUCAAGCAUUCCCUUCGGCAGCCGGCACAGCAAUCCUGAAGACAAAAGCUCGUUCGGCAUCAACGACAUCACGAACGAGAAGUGGAUCGGAACUCCAUGCCCCGGUCGGAGGGCGCGGACGGGCCGGACACGAUGAGCAACCUGAGCACGGGCGCGCAGCCCGACUCCGGAGAGCGGCUCCGUCUCCUCCACCUCCUUCAUCUCCGCCAUCUCCUCGCAGGAGGACAUGACGCUGGUCAACCUGCACAUGCAGACCAACAAGCCCAUCGUGGACUCCCCUCUGCUGAUGGCCAGCUACAUGCAAAACCUCCCUCAGUACAAAUGCACCAACUGGGGCACGUGCUCCCUCCCGAGCGGAACGGAUGUCUUCACAUUACCGUUGUUCAAGCGCGCGGACGAUGGCUCAUUGAUAUAUGUAGGCCAGAAAUAUUUGCCCAAGUUCGAGCCGUGCGGGAAAAAUCAUAUCAUGAAAUUAGUGUCGAAGAAGGAUGGCCACAUCGAGCCAGACUCAGCCGGGCCUUUCUCGAACUUGACUCCGCACUUCAACAACCAGAUCAAGGCCCACCCGUACCCGCAGGGCUGGUGGGACUUGCAGCAGAACAUGGACAACCAGGAGAACAAGGAGCAAAGCACCUCUUCAACGGCGACCACUACCAGUGAUAGUAAAAGUGGUCUGUCUGUUAAGCUGCGAGGGGAGAUCGAUAUCAUGCUCACUCCUCUAGUCCUCGAGAGCACUCAGAGAUUUGUCGAAUCCCUCACCCCGGUCCUCGCUAACAUACAUCCCAUAACCGUUAUAAACCAUCUUCGGCUCCUGUGCAUCUCAUCGGUGCAGAGCGCGAACAUCUUGAAACAGAAGCAGUACGCUUCCAACUGGCUUCCGUACAUGCAAUCUCGCAACCAGUCUAACAUAGCUAUGGACAAGGACGACAAAUGUAAACUGGCUACUAUACCCCACUCGAACGUCUACGAGGAGACAAUUUGUGAUCAGCUCCAAGCCACAGUGACCGUCCCGAAGGUGAACGUGAUCUUCAUUCAGUCCUCGGUGGUGGAGGACAUGAUCUCGUUCUCGGCGUUGGACAACAUCCAGGACUUGACGUGCGUUCUGUUCGGCGUGUCGGUGGAGAACAUCACCGCCAAAUACGUCAGCUCGAAGAAGACGCUCGAGUCCGUGCAGCUGUACUACCGACCGACUCUGCGGGCACUGGGAGUAAGAAGAGCUUCGGCAUAAUGAAGGGGCUGGGCGGGCGCGCGCUCAUCUCCGCGCAGGGCAGCGGCCGCGAAGAAGCGCGGCCCCGAGCGCGGCGACCCUGUCUACAUCGAGACCUCGCAGCAGCAGUGCGAGGACACCACCAUCACGCUCAAUGUUGGCAAAGUGCACGGGCAGUUGCGGCGCAUCCGCACGGACCCGGCGCAGCUGAAGGACGCCACCAUCACGGGCAUCCCGAGCCAGCACUCCAAGGUGGCCUUCAAGUUCGUCAAGGUGGACCCCGCCGCCAAGGCGUGCGAGGCGGCUUGCUGCCAGAACGGCGCGAGCGACGCGCAGAAGGAGAACGCCAUCGGCUACAUCAUGUUCGAGUGCGGGCCUCGAAGGCAUCACCCUCAAGGUCUGUUUAUUUACAUUAUGAGAGUAAUGCUAAUGCGGGAUUUCAUGUCCCGGACAAGGAGCGGCGGGCGCCGCGCGCGUCCGGCCUCGAGGACCUGUUCCGCAAGCGCGACUCCGGCUCCAAGCCCGGCACGCCCAACCUCGGCGCCGCCGCCGCCGCCGCGCAGCCGUCCCAGCCCCAGCCCCAGCCCCAGCCAGAGCCGUCGACGCCGGGCGCGGAGCAGCCGGCGACAGCGGGGCGCGAGGCGCGGGCGCGGGCGCGGCGCGGAGGCGGGCAGCAGCUCGGCGUGCGGCGUGGACCUCAAGCUCGCGUGGUUCAACUUCGCCGCGCCGCCGCGCACGCCCAUCACCAAGAAGAUCGACUACACCAGACUGGACUGGAACCUGCUGAGCACGGCGUCGCCGGCCAUCAACGCGUGGAUGAACCCGUGCAACCGGCUCGGCAUCCGCGUGGUGGCGCUGUACCGCGCGCACGCGCGCCGCCUCACCGCCACCGCCGCCAGCCUCAUGGCCGCCGCGCUCGACCUGGCCCCCCACCACACGCUGCCCAAGAGCCGCUACGGGCGACACACGCCCAUGGGCAAGCAGCUGCGCGAGGAGCCGUCGCUGCAGCUGUGCUGCGUGCUGCUGCGGUACGCGCUGCAGGCCGACGCCGCCGCCGUGCAGGCCGACCUGGCCGAGCGCCACCUGCCCAAGCUCUCCACCCUGCGCCAGGGCGUGAUAGUCCUCAGCCGACAGUGGAAGAACAUCUUGUACACGCCAUUACUACUCGAACACAACUACAAGAGCAAAGUCAUGAAGCCGCUCAACGUCACCUUCGCUCUACCGGACCUCAUCGAGGACUCGGUGGAGGGUGGCAGGAGUACACGGUGGACAACGAGGUGCUGGACGAGAACUGCCUGCUGCUCAACCUCGACACCGACAAGAUCGAGGUGCCCGCGGGCGCGGGCGCGGGCGCGGGCGCGGGCGCGGGCGCGGGCGGCGGCGCGAGCCCGCGGCCGCACUCCUUCCCCUCGUCCACGCCGCCCUCCGCGCGCGCGGCGGGCGGGCGCGGCAGCCUGGCCUUCCCGUCGCUGCCCUUCUCCACGCGCAAGCCCGCCUUCCACGACGACGCCAUCGCUAGUGAAUUACGGCACGCUGAAGGAGGAGUUCCCGGCGGUGGGGUCCAACCCGUCGCUGUACUCGCCGCGCGGCUCCGACGAGAACCUGCGCAGCGACCGCGCGCGCGAGGACCUCUAUCAGUGGAUGGCCAAACAGGAGCCCAUCAAAGUGGAAUCCAAAACCAAGAAGCCGAUGAUUCCGGCGUCGAAGAUGAACCCGCGCGCGAUGGCGGCGGCGCUGCCCGCCUGCAGCCUGUACCCGCUGCAGGGCUCGCUCAUGCUGCUGGACGCGCACCUCGUGUUCCAGCCGCUGCUGGCCGCGCUGGGCGUGUGUCCGCACCAGGUGGCGCAAGCCUGUACCCGCUGCAGGGCUCGCUCAUGCUGCUGGACGCGCACCUCGUGUUCCAGCCGCUGCUGGCCGCGCUGGGCGUGUGUCCGCACCAGGUGGCGCAAGGUACGUGGGCGCUCCCUCCCGCCUGCAGCCUGCAGCCUGUACCCGCUGCAGGGCUCGCUCAUGCUGCUGGACGCGCACCUCGUGUUCCAGCCGCUGCUGGCCGCGCUGGGCGUGUGUCCGCACCAGGUGGCGCAAGGUACGUGGGCGCUCCUCCCGCCUGCAGCCUGCAGCCUGUACCCGCUGCAGGGCUCGCUCAUGCUGCUGGACGCGCACCUCGUGUUCCAGCCGCUGCUGGCCGCGCUGGGCGUGUGUCCGCACCAGGUGGCGCAAGGUACGUGGGCGCUCCUCCCGCCUGCAGCCUGCAGCCUGUACCCGCUGCAGGGCUCGCUCAUGCUGCUGGACGCGCACCUCGUGUUCCAGCCGCUGCUGGCCGCGCUGGGCGUGUGUCCGCACCAGGUGGCGCAAGGUACGUGGGCGCUCCCUCCCGCCUGCAGCCUGCAGCCUGUACCCGCUGCAGGGCUCGCUCAUGCUGCUGGACGCGCACCUCGUGUUCCAGCCGCUGCUGGCCGCGCUGGGCGUGUCCGCACCAGGUGGCGCAAGGUACGUGGGCGCUCCCUCCCGCCUGCAGCCUGCAGCCUGUACCCGCUGCAGGGCUCGCUCAUGCUGCUGGACGCGCACCUCGUGUUCCAGCCGCUGCUGGCCGCGCUGGGCGUGUGUCCGCACCAGGUGGCGCAAGGUACGUGGGCGCUCCCUCCCGCCUGCAGCCUGCAGCCUGUACCCGCUGCAGGGCUCGCUCAUGCUGCUGGACGCGCACCUCGUGUUCCAGCCGCUGCUGGCCGCGCUGGGCGUGUGUCCGCACCAGGUGGCGCAAGGUACGUGGGCGCUCCCUCCCGCCUGCAGCCUGCAGCCUGUACCCGCUGCAGGGCUCGCUCAUGCUGCUGGACGCGCACCUCGUGUUCCAGCCGCUGCUGGCCGCGCUGGGCGUGUGUCCGCACCAGGUGGCGCAAGGUACGUGGGCGCUCCCUCCCGCCUGCAGCCUGCAGCCUGUACCCGCUGCAGGGCUCGCUCAUGCUGCUGGACGCGCACCUCGUGUUCCAGCCGCUGCUGGCCGCGCUGGGCGUGUGUCCGCACCAGGUGGCGCAAGCCUGCAGCCUGUACCCGCUGCAGGGCUCGCUCAUGCUGCUGGACGCGCACCUCGUGUUCCAGCCGCUGCUGGCCGCGCUGGGCGUGUGUCCGCACCAGGUGGCGCAAGCCUGCAGCCUGUACCCGCUGCAGGGCUCGCUCAUGCUGCUGGACGCGCACCUCGUGUUCCAGCCGCUGCUGGCCGCGCUGGGCGUGUGUCCGCACCAGGUGGCGCAAGGUACGUGGGCGCUCCUCCCGCCUGCAGCCUGCAGCCUGUACCCGCUGCAGGGCUCGCUCAUGCUGCUGGACGCGCACCUCGUGUUCCAGCCGCUGCUGGCCGCGCUGGGCGUGUGUCCGCACCAGGUGGCGCAAGGUACGUGGGCGCUCCCUCCCGCCUGCAGCCUGCAGCCUGUACCCGCUGCAGGGCUCGCUCAUGCUGCUGGACGCGCACCUCGUGUUCCAGCCGCUGCUGGCCGCGCUGGGCGUGUGUCCGCACCAGGUGGCGCAAGGUACGUGGGCGCUCCCUCCCGCCUGCAGCCUGCAGCCUGUACCCGCUGCAGGGCUCGCUCAUGCUGCUGGACGCGCACCUCGUGUUCCAGCCGCUGCUGGCCGCGCUGGGCGUGUGUCCGCACCAGGUGGCGCAAGGUACGUGGGCGCUCCCUCCCGCCUGCAGCCUGCAGCCUGUACCCGCUGCAGGGCUCGCUCAUGCUGCUGGACGCGCACCUCGUGUUCCAGCCGCUGCUGGCCGCGCUGGGCGUGUGUCCGCACCAGGUGGCGCAAGGUACGUGGGCGCUCCUCCCGCCUGCAGCCUGCAGCCUGUACCCGCUGCAGGGCUCGCUCAUGCUGCUGGACGCGCACCUCGUGUUCCAGCCGCUGCUGGCCGCGCUGGGCGUGUGUCCGCACCAGGUGGCGCAAGGUACGUGGGCGCUCCCUCCCGCCUGCAGCCUGCAGCCUGUACCCGCUGCAGGGCUCGCUCAUGCUGCUGGACGCGCACCUCGUGUUCCAGCCGCUGCUGGCCGCGCUGGGCGUGUGUCCGCACCAGGUGGCGCAAGGUACGUGGGCGCUCCCUCCCGCCUGCAGCCUGCAGCCUGUACCCGCUGCAGGGCUCGCUCAUGCUGCUGGACGCGCACCUCGUGUUCCAGCCGCUGCUGGCCGCGCUGGGCGUGUGUCCGCACCAGGUGGCGCAAGGUACGUGGGCGCUCCCUCCCGCCUGCAGCCUGCAGCCUGUACCCGCUGCAGGGCUCGCUCAUGCUGCUGGACGCGCACCUCGUGUUCCAGCCGCUGCUGGCCGCGCUGGGCGUGUGUCCGCACCAGGUGGCGCAAGGUACGUGGGCGCUCCCUCCCGCCUGCAGCCUGCAGCCUGUACCCGCUGCAGGGCUCGCUCAUGCUGCUGGACGCGCACCUCGUGUUCCAGCCGCUGCUGGCCGCGCUGGGCGUGUGUCCGCACCAGGUGGCGCAAGGUACGUGGGCGCUCCCUCCCGCCUGCAGCCUGCAGCCUGUACCCGCUGCAGGGCUCGCUCAUGCUGCUGGACGCGCACCUCGUGUUCCAGCCGCUGCUGGCCGCGCUGGGCGUGUGUCCGCACCAGGUGGCGCAAGGUACGUGGGCGCUCCCUCCCGCCUGCAGCCUGCAGCCUGUACCCGCUGCAGGGCUCGCUCAUGCUGCUGGACGCGCACCUCGUGUUCCAGCCGCUGCUGGCCGCGCUGGGCGUGUCCGCACCAGGUGGCGCAAGGUACGUGGGCGCUCCCUCCCGCCUGCAGCCUGCAGCCUGUACCCGCUGCAGGGCUCGCUCAUGCUGCUGGACGCGCACCUCGUGUUCCAGCCGCUGCUGGCCGCGCUGGGCGUGUGUCCGCACCAGGUGGCGCAAGGUACGUGGGCGCUCCCUCCCGCCUGCAGCCUGCAGCCUGUACCCGCUGCAGGGCUCGCUCAUGCUGCUGGACGCGCACCUCGUGUUCCAGCCGCUGCUGGCCGCGCUGGGCGUGUGUCCGCACCAGGUGGCGCAAGGUACGUGGGCGCUCCCUCCCGCCUGCAGCCUGCAGCCUGUACCCGCUGCAGGGCUCGCUCAUGCUGCUGGACGCGCACCUCGUGUUCCAGCCGCUGCUGGCCGCGCUGGGCGUGUGUCCGCACCAGGUGGCGCAAGGUACGUGGGCGCUCCCUCCCGCCUGCAGCCUGCAGCCUGUACCCGCUGCAGGGCUCGCUCAUGCUGCUGGACGCGCACCUCGUGUUCCAGCCGCUGCUGGCCGCGCUGGGCGUGUGUCCGCACCAGGUGGCGCAAGGUACGUGGGCGCUCCCUCCCGCCUGCAGCCUGCAGCCUGUACCCGCUGCAGGGCUCGCUCAUGCUGCUGGACGCGCACCUCGUGUUCCAGCCGCUGCUGGCCGCGCUGGGCGUGUGUCCGCACCAGGUGGCGCAAGGUACGUGGGCGCUCCUCCCGCCUGCAGCCUGCAGCCUGUACCCGCUGCAGGGCUCGCUCAUGCUGCUGGACGCGCACCUCGUGUUCCAGCCGCUGCUGGCCGCGCUGGGCGUGUGUCCGCACCAGGUGGCGCAAGCCUGCAGCCUGUACCCGCUGCAGGGCUCGCUCAUGCUGCUGGACGCGCACCUCGUGUUCCAGCCGCUGCUGGCCGCGCUGGGCGUGUGUCCGCACCAGGUGGCGCAAGGUACGUGGGCGCUCCUCCCGCCUGCAGCCUGCAGCCUGUACCCGCUGCAGGGCUCGCUCAUGCUGCUGGACGCGCACCUCGUGUUCCAGCCGCUGCUGGCCGCGCUGGGCGUGUGUCCGCACCAGGUGGCGCAAGCCUGCAGCCUGUACCCGCUGCAGGGCUCGCUCAUGCUGCUGGACGCGCACCUCGUGUUCCAGCCGCUGCUGGCCGCGCUGGGCGUGUGUCCGCACCAGGUGGCGCAAGGUACGUGGGCGCUCCUCCCGCCUGCAGCCUGCAGCCUGUACCCGCUGCAGGGCUCGCUCAUGCUGCUGGACGCGCACCUCGUGUUCCAGCCGCUGCUGGCCGCGCUGGGCGUGUGUCCGCACCAGGUGGCGCAAGCCUGCAGCCUGUACCCGCUGCAGGGCUCGCUCAUGCUGCUGGACGCGCACCUCGUGUUCCAGCCGCUGCUGGCCGCGCUGGGCGUGUGUCCGCACCAGGUGGCGCAAGCCUGCAGCCUGUACCCGCUGCAGGGCUCGCUCAUGCUGCUGGACGCGCACCUCGUGUUCCAGCCGCUGCUGGCCGCGCUGGGCGUGUGUCCGCACCAGGUGGCGCAAGGUACGUGGGCGCUCCUCCCGCCUGCAGCCUGCAGCCUGUACCCGCUGCAGGGCUCGCUCAUGCUGCUGGACGCGCACCUCGUGUUCCAGCCGCUGCUGGCCGCGCUGGGCGUGUGUCCGCACCAGGGCUCGCUCAUGCUGCUGGACGCGCACCUCGUGUUCCAGCCGCUGCUGGCCGCGCUGGGCGUGUGUCCGCACCAGGUGGCGCAAGGUACGUGGGCGCUCCUCCCGCCUGCAGCCUGCAGCCUGUACCCGCUGCAGGGCUCGCUCAUGCUGCUGGACGCGCACCUCGUGUUCCAGCCGCUGCUGGCCGCGCUGGGCGUGUGUCCGCACCAGGUGGCGCAAGGUACGUGGGCGCUCCUCCCGCCUGCAGCCUGCAGCCUGUACCCGCUGCAGGGCUCGCUCAUGCUGCUGGACGCGCACCUCGUGUUCCAGCCGCUGCUGGCCGCGCUGGGCGUGUGUCCGCACCAGGUGGCGCAAGGUACGUGGGCGCUCCCUCCCGCCUGCAGCCUGCAGCCUGUACCCGCUGCAGGGCUCGCUCAUGCUGCUGGACGCGCACCUCGUGUUCCAGCCGCUGCUGGCCGCGCUGGGCGUGUGUCCGCACCAGGUGGCGCAAGGUACGUGGGCGCUCCCUCCCGCCUGCAGCCUGCAGCCUGUACCCGCUGCAGGGCUCGCUCAUGCUGCUGGACGCGCACCUCGUGUUCCAGCCGCUGCUGGCCGCGCUGGGCGUGUGUCCGCACCAGGUGGCGCAAGGUACGUGGGCGCUCCCUCCCGCCUGCAGCCUGCAGCCUGUACCCGCUGCAGGGCUCGCUCAUGCUGCUGGACGCGCACCUCGUGUUCCAGCCGCUGCUGGCCGCGCUGGGCGUGUGUCCGCACCAGGUGGCGCAAGGUACGUGGGCGCUCCCUCCCGCCUGCAGCCUGCAGCCUGUACCCGCUGCAGGGCUCGCUCAUGCUGCUGGACGCGCACCUCGUGUUCCAGCCGCUGCUGGCCGCGCUGGGCGUGUGUCCGCACCAGGUGGCGCAAGGUACGUGGGCGCUCCCUCCCGCCUGCAGCCUGCAGCCUGUACCCGCUGCAGGGCUCGCUCAUGCUGCUGGACGCGCACCUCGUGUUCCAGCCGCUGCUGGCCGCGCUGGGCGUGUGUCCGCACCAGGUGGCGCAAGGUACGUGGGCGCUCCCUCCCGCCUGCAGCCUGCAGCCUGUACCCGCUGCAGGGCUCGCUCAUGCUGCUGGACGCGCACCUCGUGUUCCAGCCGCUGCUGGCCGCGCUGGGCGUGUGUCCGCACCAGGUGGCGCAAGGUACGUGGGCGCUCCUCCCGCCUGCAGCCUGCAGCCUGUACCCGCUGCAGGGCUCGCUCAUGCUGCUGGACGCGCACCUCGUGUUCCAGCCGCUGCUGGCCGCGCUGGGCGUGUGUCCGCACCAGGUGGCGCAAGGUACGUGGGCGCUCCUCCCGCCUGCAGCCUGCAGCCUGUACCCGCUGCAGGGCUCGCUCAUGCUGCUGGACGCGCACCUCGUGUUCCAGCCGCUGCUGGCCGCGCUGGGCGUGUGUCCGCACCAGGUGGCGCAAGCCUGCAGCCUGUACCCGCUGCAGGGCUCGCUCAUGCUGCUGGACGCGCACCUCGUGUUCCAGCCGCUGCUGGCCGCGCUGGGCGUGUGUCCGCACCAGGUGGCGCAAGGUACGUGGGCGCUCCUCCCGCCUGCAGCCUGCAGCCUGUACCCGCUGCAGGGCUCGCUCAUGCUGCUGGACGCGCACCUCGUGUUCCAGCCGCUGCUGGCCGCGCUGGGCGUGUGUCCGCACCAGGUGGCGCAAGGUACGUGGGCGCUCCUCCCGCCUGCAGCCUGCAGCCUGUACCCGCUGCAGGGCUCGCUCAUGCUGCUGGACGCGCACCUCGUGUUCCAGCCGCUGCUGGCCGCGCUGGGCGUGUGUCCGCACCAGGUGGCGCAAGCCUGCAGCCUGUACCCGCUGCAGGGCUCGCUCAUGCUGCUGGACGCGCACCUCGUGUUCCAGCCGCUGCUGGCCGCGCUGGGCGUGUGUCCGCACCAGGUGGCGCAAGGUACGUGGGCGCUCCUCCCGCCUGCAGCCUGCAGCCUGUACCCGCUGCAGGGCUCGCUCAUGCUGCUGGACGCGCACCUCGUGUUCCAGCCGCUGCUGGCCGCGCUGGGCGUGUGUCCGCACCAGGUGGCGCAAGGUACGUGGGCGCUCCUCCCGCCUGCAGCCUGCAGCCUGUACCCGCUGCAGGGCUCGCUCAUGCUGCUGGACGCGCACCUCGUGUUCCAGCCGCUGCUGGCCGCGCUGGGCGUGUGUCCGCACCAGGUGGCGCAAGGUACGUGGGCGCUCCUCCCGCCUGCAGCCUGCAGCCUGUACCCGCUGCAGGGCUCGCUCAUGCUGCUGGACGCGCACCUCGUGUUCCAGCCGCUGCUGGCCGCGCUGGGCGUGUGUCCGCACCAGGUGGCGCAAGGUACGUGGGCGCUCCCUCCCGCCUGCAGCCUGCAGCCUGUACCCGCUGCAGGGCUCGCUCAUGCUGCUGGACGCGCACCUCGUGUUCCAGCCGCUGCUGGCCGCGCUGGGCGUGUGUCCGCACCAGGUGGCGCAAGGUACGUGGGCGCUCCCUCCCGCCUGCAGCCUGCAGCCUGUACCCGCUGCAGGGCUCGCUCAUGCUGCUGGACGCGCACCUCGUGUUCCAGCCGCUGCUGGCCGCGCUGGGCGUGUGUCCGCACCAGGUGGCGCAAGGUACGUGGGCGCUCCCUCCCGCCUGCAGCCUGCAGCCUGUACCCGCUGCAGGGCUCGCUCAUGCUGCUGGACGCGCACCUCGUGUUCCAGCCGCUGCUGGCCGCGCUGGGCGUGUGUCCGCACCAGGUGGCGCAAGGUACGUGGGCGCUCCUCCCGCCUGCAGCCUGCAGCCUGUACCCGCUGCAGGGCUCGCUCAUGCUGCUGGACGCGCACCUCGUGUUCCAGCCGCUGCUGGCCGCGCUGGGCGUGUGUCCGCACCAGGGCUCGCUCAUGCUGCUGGACGCGCACCUCGUGUUCCAGCCGCUGCUGGCCGCGCUGGGCGUGUGUCCGCACCAGGUGGCGCAAGGUACGUGGGCGCUCCUCCUCCCGCCUGCAGCCUGCAGCCUGUACCCGCUGCAGGGCUCGCUCAUGCUGCUGGACGCGCACCUCGUGUUCCAGCCGCUGCUGGCCGCGCUGGGCGUGUGUCCGCACCAGGUGGCGCAAGCCUGCAGCCUGUACCCGCUGCAGGGCUCGCUCAUGCUGCUGGACGCGCACCUCGUGUUCCAGCCGCUGCUGGCCGCGCUGGGCGUGUGUCCGCACCAGGUGGCGCAAGGUACGUGGGCGCUCCUCCCGCCUGCAGCCUGCAGCCUGUACCCGCUGCAGGGCUCGCUCAUGCUGCUGGACGCGCACCUCGUGUUCCAGCCGCUGCUGGCCGCGCUGGGCGUGUGUCCGCACCAGGUGGCGCAAGCCUGCAGCCUGUACCCGCUGCAGGGCUCGCUCAUGCUGCUGGACGCGCACCUCGUGUUCCAGCCGCUGCUGGCCGCGCUGGGCGUGUGUCCGCACCAGGUGGCGCAAGGUACGUGGGCGCUCCCUCCCGCCUGCAGCCUGCAGCCUGUACCCGCUGCAGGGCUCGCUCAUGCUGCUGGACGCGCACCUCGUGUUCCAGCCGCUGCUGGCCGCGCUGGGCGUGUGUCCGCACCAGGUGGCGCAAGGUACGUGGGCGCUCCCUCCCGCCUGCAGCCUGCAGCCUGUACCCGCUGCAGGGCUCGCUCAUGCUGCUGGACGCGCACCUCGUGUUCCAGCCGCUGCUGGCCGCGCUGGGCGUGUGUCCGCACCAGGUGGCGCAAGGUACGUGGGCGCUCCCUCCCGCCUGCAGCCUGCAGCCUGUACCCGCUGCAGGGCUCGCUCAUGCUGCUGGACGCGCACCUCGUGUUCCAGCCGCUGCUGGCCGCGCUGGGCGUGUGUCCGCACCAGGUGGCGCAAGGCGAAUCAAAGAACAAGUCCGGCACAGAAGGGUCGAGCGCGUCCCCGGCGCUGGAGUCGCUGGGCUCCAAGCUGUCGCUGGGCGGCAUCAUCGACGUGUUCCGCAUCGACAUCGUCGUCAGCGACCUCAAGCCGCGCCGCCACCCGCCCAAAGGGAAAGGCCAGCCUUCGCACAUUGACAUUCCCUCGGAGACACCAGCAUUCCUGUGCGAAAAGGUUUCCAUUGACGUGGAUCUGAAGAAAGUGGCCGACAUGGCGGUGGACGACCUCAUACAGCGACAGAACGUGCUCUACAUCUCCAGGGGGCAGCUCAAGAAACAUAUCAGCACGAUGCUCAACUUCAACAUCAGCGUUCGUUUUAUAUCACAGCAGGUGAACAUGCCUUUGCUGCGGUUGCUGCACCAGGUCAGCAACAUGUACCAGAACGUGAAGGACACGCAGACCGAGCUGCGCACGCAGACCAAGAUCGGCCACCGCCAGAGCAAGCACGCCGCCGACUCGGACACGUCAGUUUCAGACUUCCGCGAGAACCUGGUGAGCGUGUCGUCGCUGGACAAGGAGAGCCAGUACGCGGCGCUCGACCCCAAGUGGGAGCCGCGCACGCCCACGCCCGCGCCCCUCGCCGCCGCGCCGGGGCAGAAGGCCGCCGGCGCCAAGACCCGCCCGCAGAGCUUCGCGCAGAAGCUCAGGUCCACCGGGAAAAGCGUCAAGGGAAAACUCGGCUACAGCUCGCUGAACGAGGGCGCGCACACGCCGCACUCGGCGCGGGAGCUGGACGCCGAGGUGCGUCCGCGGCGGCCGCCCGCGCUGCCGGGCCUGGCGCCGCUGUCGGCGCUGUCCUCGCUGCCGCCGCUGGCCGCGCUGCCCCCGCUAGCCGCGCUGCCCCCGCUGCCCCCGCUGCCCCCGCUGCCGGACGACGGCUCGCUGGCGCCGCGCUGCUGGCGCACCGUCUACUCGCUGCUCAGCCUCUACGCCGACAUGCCGGACGCGCACACCAUUACGCACAGGUUCUCUGUGACGACGGAGCUGCCCGAGCAGUACCGCACCGGCCGGCCCGCGCGGCCCAGCUCGCGCGAGCAGAACACCAGCAACUCCUCCUCCAGCGGCGGCCCCAUGGGCAUCGUCGUCAUGGGAGUCGCCAGGAUUCAUCGAACCCGACUCCUCGCUUCGCUGUCGGGCUUGAAGCUGGAAGCGGAGAUCACUUCCUUGCACGCGUCGUUGCAAGCGUCCCGCGCGCGCCAGUGGUCGCUCACGGGCGUGGUGGGCCGCAGCAUGAUCGUGCUGCUGGAAGGCGUCGCCCCAAACCAUCAGACGGUGGUGCGCGUGUCGGUGGGCAAGUCGCAGGCGCUGUACUCGUGGGAGGCGGGGCGCGGCGGCGAGGGCGCGGCGGCGCUGGUGACGGUGGGCGGCGUGCGCGUGGACCUGCCGCAGCACCCCGUGGCGCUGCACGGCGUCAUGACGCGCUCCAGCCGCCAGCUCUCCUCCACCUUACAGGAGCUGGGCGUGACGCGCACCGCGUCGCGCAUGUCGCGAGGAGCGGAAGCGGAGGAGGAGGCGGGCGCGGGGGCGGGAGCGGGCAGCCCGGGGCCCGCGCCCGCGCCGGCGCCCCGGCCGCGCCCCGCGCCGCUGCUGCCCGCGCCGCAGGUGCAGUUCAAAGUGGGCCUGCAGAGCCUCAGCAUCACGGCGGCGCUGCUGCCGUCGCUGCAGGCGCAGUACAAGAUGGAGCACGUGCAGAGCUCGGGCGUGACGGGCCGCAAGGCGCACUUCACCGUCGACCUGCCGCAGCACUCGCUCAGCUUCGUCACCAAACUGCAGGUAUCAGAGGCGAACAUUCCGUCCUCAGCUAUCGUGGCGCUGCCGGCCGCGCACGUGGCUGCUCGCGUAUUAGAAGAUGCACCAAAUGGACAGGAAGCGCCGGAGGCGGCGGCUGGCGUGGUGCUGCGCGCCGGCCGCUACCUGUUCGCCACGGCCGACAUCGGCCUGUUCGAGCACACGCUCUCCACCGACCUGCUCAACCACCUAGUCUUCGUGCAGAAGGUCUUCAUGAAGGAGGUGAACGAGGUGGUGCAGAAGGUGUACGGCGGCGAGAAGCCGGUGCCGCUGUGGAACGAGGAGGAGGCCGCCACCUCCGCGCUCAACAGGAUACUCUUCUCCUUGCUCAUCAGGAUCAAGCGGAUCCAGCUGACGGCGACUACCCCGAGUAACUCUGCGGUACGAUUGGAGACGGGCGCUGUGGAGUUCGAGCUGUCCAACCGCGUGCAGAACGUGCAGCCCGCCGAGCCGCACUCGCUCCGGCUCUUCGCCCGCGCUCAGGUGGACCUGAACCUGAGCCUGGGGCAGCUGAUCCGCAACGCCAUGUUCGAGGAGGCGGAGCCCGAGUUCCAGCAGUACGCCUUCUUCAACACCCGGAUAGCGAUGCGCAACGCGUUCCAAGACGAGAUGGUGAGCGUGGGCGCGGAGGAAGGCGAGAAGGAGGUGGUGCUGAUCACGCUGGUGCGGCCGCUCGUGUACAUCCAGCCCGUGGCCGUGGACCGCGCCAUCCUCGUCUGGCUCAACUACAAGAACGCCUACGAGUACUGGAACGAGAAGCGCCUCAACCUCAACAAGGAGGUGCUCGCCGCCACGCAGCAGGUCUUCGAGAAGGUCCAACUAACAUCUCAGAUAGCAUCCCCGCACGUCAGCACGCUGUUCCUGCAGCUCAACGUCGACGACAUCGGGAUCUGCAUCCCGCUCAACCAACCCCCCGUGGCGACGUGGGGGCGGGGCGUGUACGAGUGCGAGUCGCGCGGCGCCGUGGUGGUGACGCUGGAGAGCACCAGCAUCUCCGCCUGCUCCUCCGGCUCGCUCGUCAGCAAGGGUCGCUUCGUGGGGCUGUGCCUGCGGUUCGCGGACGACUUCGAGACGUCCCUGGACGACUGGAAGCCGGACCCCGACCAGAGCGCCAUCAACGUGUGCUGUGUCUCCGAGGGCACUUAUGAAGUGUGCAGCCGCACCACCGCCGCCAAACACAACGAGAACGCGAAGUGGUUCCUGAACGUGUCGUGGCAGAUGGAGGGCGUGGACAUCCACCUGGACGUGAACGUGGGCAAGCAGCUCUCCGCGCUCGGGCACACGCUCACCAUGCUCACAGGUUUCGAAGAAGAGGAUCCUCUCAAAAUGGACUAUGAGAGCGAUUUGGACGACGAAGCAGAUAAUAGCAAAGAUUCACAGGAGAGCAUAAUCCUGCGGCGGAAGUACACGGACCACCUGCCGGCGUUCGUGUUCGACAACACGAUCGACGCCAAGAAGCGCUCCAAGCUGAUCGAGAAGGAGAUGAACGAGCAGGCCAAGAUCAUCAACGACUUGCGCACCCUGGGCGCCAGCCACUCCACCAUCGAGCACGAGAUGAAGCGCCUGCACGACCUCGAGGCGCUCGUCUUCAAGGACUUCCGCCGGGACAUGAUCCAGAAGCUGCGGCGGCAGAGCGUGCGCGCCAGCACCAUCACCAAGGGCAAGCUCGGGCUCGGCUCCAACCGCUCGCGCUCCUUCGUGGCUCCAGACCCGCCCAUGGACUUCCUCGAGAUGGAUGAACCAAAUCUAAUAACGGGCAACGUGGGCGACUCCGGGGAGACUCUCCUGCUGGGCGACGAGGAUAACCGCUUAGCCGAUAUCAUCGAAGGGGGCAGCUGGAGCUCCAUGGAAAGCGAGCCACUCACAGGUCCAUCGCGCUCAGCAUCGCUACGAGGUCACACGAGCAGCGGCGCGCGCUCCGUGACGUUCCAGCCGCCGCCGGUGCAGCGCCAGAGCUCGCUGCCCGCGCAGCCCGACCACUGGCCGCAGGCGGACGAGCACAGGGACCCCGUGCAGCUGCGCCGCAGGGACGGAGUGGGGAUGUCGGAGGCGGCGAGCUCGGAGGGCAAGAGCAGCAAGGCGAAGACGGCGGAGCCCAACAUCGACUUCGAGCUGGACGUGAAGGUGCACAUCAACAGCGGCAAGUGCGUGCUGCACACCAAGGAGCCCUCCCGCGACGACGACCUCAAGAUCGGCGGGUCGCGCAUGCGCGUGGGGCGCUCGGCGUCGGGCGGGCUGGGCUCCGCGCCCGCCUCGCCCGGCGUCUCCCGCCGCCGCCUGCCGCCCGCGCCCGACACCACCGUGUUCCGCGUGCCCGGCCUGCACCUCAAGGUACCCUCCGCUACAGCUGCAGCUGCCCUAGCUCGCCCGCCGCCCGCGCCCGACACCACCGUGUUCCGCGUGCCCGGCCUGCACCUCAAGGUACCCUCCGCUACAGCUGCAGCUGCCCUAGGUUACACCUGCACUACCCGAGUGUUACAGCUCGCCCGCCGCCCGCGCCCGACACCACCGUGUUCCGCGUGCCCGGCCUGCACCUCAAGCUCGCCCGCCGCCCGCGCCCGACACCACCGUGUUCCGCGUGCCCGGCCUGCACCUCAAGGUACCCUCCGCUACAGCUGCAGCUGCCCUAGGUUACACCUGCACUACCCGAGUGUUACAGCUCGCCCGCCGCCCGCGCCCGACACCACCGUGUUCCGCGUGCCCGGCCUGCACCUCAAGGUACCCUCCGCUACAGCUGCAGCUGCCCUAGCUCGCCCGCCGCCCGCGCCCGACACCACCGUGUUCCGCGUGCCCGGCCUGCACCUCAAGGUACCCUCCGCUACAGCUGCAGCUGCCCUAGGUUACACCUGCACUACCCGAGUGUUACAGCUCGCCCGCCGCCCGCGCCCGACACCACCGUGUUCCGCGUGCCCGGCCUGCACCUCAAGCUCGCCCGCCGCCCGCGCCCGACACCACCGUGUUCCGCGUGCCCGGCCUGCACCUCAAGGUACCCUCCGCUACAGCUGCAGCUGCCCUAGGUUACACCUGCACUACCCGAGUGUUACAGCUCGCCCGCCGCCCGCGCCCGACACCACCGUGUUCCGCGUGCCCGGCCUGCACCUCAAGGUACCCUCCGCUACAGCUGCAGCUGCCCUAGCUCGCCCGCCGCCCGCGCCCGACACCACCGUGUUCCGCGUGCCCGGCCUGCACCUCAAGGUACCCUCCGCUACAGCUGCAGCUGCCCUAGGUUACACCUGCACUACCCGAGUGUUACAGCUCGCCCGCCGCCCGCGCCCGACACCACCGUGUUCCGCGUGCCCGGCCUGCACCUCAAGCUCGCCCGCCGCCCGCGCCCGACACCACCGUGUUCCGCGUGCCCGGCCUGCACCUCAAGGUACCCUCCGCUACAGCUGCAGCUGCCCUAGGUUACACCUGCACUACCCGAGUGUUACAGCUCGCCCGCCGCCCGCGCCCGACACCACCGUGUUCCGCGUGCCCGGCCUGCACCUCAAGGUACCCUCCGCUACAGCUGCAGCUGCCCUAGGUUACACCUGCACUACCCGAGUGUUACAGCUCGCCCGCCGCCCGCGCCCGACACCACCGUGUUCCGCGUGCCCGGCCUGCACCUCAAGCUCGCCCGCCGCCCGCGCCCGACACCACCGUGUUCCGCGUGCCCGGCCUGCACCUCAAGGUACCCUCCGCUACAGCUGCAGCUGCCCUAGGUUACACCUGCACUACCCGAGUGUUACAGCUCGCCCGCCGCCCGCGCCCGACACCACCGUGUUCCGCGUGCCCGGCCUGCACCUCAAGGUCCACUACGAGUCGAAGACGCUCCCCGAGGACCCGGCGUCCCCGCUGGGGGGCGUCGCGCCGCCGCCGCCGAGCGCGCCCUCGACGGGGCCGCGCAAGGGCAGCAAGAAGGCGGCGCUGUUCGCCUGGAUCACCGUGCAGAGCAUCCCCGAGGAGACCGUCAUCAGCCCGCACAUCCUCGAGUUCCUGGAGCAGACGCUCGAGCCCAUCCCCACCAAGGCCUCCUUCACCGCGCCCACUCCCGAGACGGAGACGGGCGAGCGGUCGCAGUCGGCGGAGGGCGCGUCGUACGGGCAGUACGUGUACGCGUCCUUCCCCGUGGACGUGAUCGUGCAGUUCCACAUGCAGCCCUCCACGUUCCGCUUCUCGUGCCUGCCCGCCUCGCGCGUCGAGUGCCUGCUGCAGCUGCCCUCGCUCAGGAUCGUCUUCAGCUCCAAGCGCGCCGUGGAUGAGGCGGACCUGCCGGCGGUCGCGAUGGGAGGGCUGAGCGUGACGGGCUGCCUGGCUGACUUCUCGGUGUACAUCUUCCACCCCUACGGCGGCAAGAAGUCCAGCCUGAAGGAGCCGCAGUGGUCGCCGCUGUCCGACACCGAGCGCAAGGACUCGCUCAGCAUCAACGUGGAGUUCGUCAAGUUCCACCUCUCCCGCUCCAGGAAGCUGGACUUCCAGACGGAGCAGGACCAGUCCAAGGCCACUGUCAGGUUUUCAACGAUCGUGGACGUGGGGUCCGCGUGGUUCAAGUACGACAUGCGGCGGCUCGGGGAGAUCCUCGCCUUCCCCAAGGCGUGGUACCGCCGCACCAUCGUGCGCAGGAUGUUCCUCGGGGACCUCAACGUCGAGGCCAGGCCGGCAAGUAACAACGUCCCGAUAUCUCCUGUACUACCACAAAGAGAGAAGAAGACUUUAGACAUACAAAAAGCCAAAGACGCCGGGACGCCGGCGGGCGGCGCGGCGUGGGAGACGCUGGUGCUGUUCGCCGUCAACUUCAACAAGCUCAACGUGCACAUGAACAUGGGCAACGUCAUGGGGAACGUCAGUUGGCAGAGCCGCGACUUCAACUGCACGGGGCGGCUGAGCAUCGGCAGCACGGGGCACCGCAACAUGCUGGUGGGCGUGGCGCUGGCCGGCUCCGCGCUCGACGCGCGCGGCGGCAUCGUGGGCGGCGCCAUCUCCAUAGCCGACAUACACACCUACGUGCACAUAGAGGAGGAGCCGGGCUGCAACCCGGGGCACACGUGCGGCGUGCGGCUGGCGGCGCUGGAGCUGCGGCUCGAGUACAUGGGCACGUCGGUGCUGCUGGCGCGCGUGUCCGCGCUGCAGUGCCAGCUCCGCGACGAGUGGCUGUGGCGCGGCCCGCAGCCGCCCCGGCAGGCGCCGCACACGCACAGGCCGGCGAUCAUCCUGACGCACGGCACGCUGUCGUGGCAGCAGCUGCAGCUGCUGAUGAGCCGCAGCACCACGCCCGACCUGCUCAAGAUGCAGUACAAGCUGGAGGAGUUCUUCACGCAGCAGUUCAACUCCUCGCGCCGCGUGCUGUCCGCGCUGCAUCCCUACCCGGCCAGGCGGCAGCAGGCGGCGGCCCCCGGGGCGCCCCCCGGAGCCCGGCGGCGGCGGGGGCGGGGGCGGGGGCGGGGGCGGACGGGCAGCCCCCGCUGGAGCUGCGCCACCACCGCCACUGGCAGGACGUGCUGCGCGCCGCCGCCGGCCUGCGCGCCAAGCUGCCCGCCGACGGUAACCACUGCCAAACUCCAAACACGCCUGACCUGUCCGCUUAUCAGACGAACGGUCCUCGGCGGCACGAUGGAGCUGCACGGCGCCAACGUCUCGCUGGCCUGUUUCCACGGCAACAGCUUCAAGGCCAAGUCCUGGGCGCUGUUCAGCCUCAAGGACCCCUGCAUCAGCUUCGCGACCGAAGCCCAGCAGAUUCCUAACGAUGACGGCGAGCUGGAGGUGAGCGUGACGCAGUCGCUGACGGCGUCGCUGGGCGGCAGCGCGGGCGCGGGCGCGAGCGGCCACCAGUCCGUGGGCACGGUGUGCCGCAUGACGCGCGCGCUGCUCUUCCCGCCGCAGUUCAAGACGCUCCGCGAGUGGUUCACCUACGCCUUCGCUAGCAGUGAGAUAGACGCGAUCGAGUUGUUCCCGUCGCUGGAGCUGGCCCGCGAGCGCGAGGCGGCCGCGAGCGGUGGUGGUGGCGCAGGCAACACGAACAGCGCCGAGCGCGAGCGCGAGCGCAAGCAGCCGGCGGCGGGGGCGGCGGCGGCGCAGCACCAGCGCGAGGUGAUCUUCGCGCUGCCCGCGCUGCAGCUGCACCUCCGCACCAAGCACCGCCAGAGCCCCGCGCCGCCCACCGACCAGGACUCGAAGCCGGUGGUGGAGUGCAGCUUCAUCACGGAGUUCGAGGACCACAUCUUCGUGUCGGUGGACGCCGAGGCCUUCCUCUUCCUGCACGACCUCAUCUCCUCCUACAUCAAGGAGAAGGACCGCGUCACGCCGGGCACGGGCACGCGCGCGGCGUGGGGCGAGGUGGCCGGCCCGCGUGCGCCCGCGCAGGACUACCGCGACUACCACUGUCUCACCUGGCACCUCGAGCCCACCGUGCGGUGCGUAUACCUGUCUCCCUCGCACUCGCUCCGGGCACGGGCACCCCACCGUGCGGUGCGUAUACCUGUCUCCCUCGCACUCGCUCCGGGCACGGGCACGCGCGCGGCGUGGGGCGAGGUGGCCGGCCCGCGUGCGCCCGCGCAGGACUACCGCGACUACCACUGUCUCACCUGGCACCUCGAGCCCACCGUGCGGUGCGUAUACCUGUCUCCCUCGCACUCGCUCCGGGCACGGGCACGCGCGCGGCGUGGGGCGAGGUGGCCGGCCCGCGUGCGCCCGCGCAGGACUACCGCGACUACCACUGUCUCACCUGGCACCUCGAGCCCACCGUGCGGUGCGUAUACCUGUCUCCCUCGCACUCGCUCCGGGCACGGGCACGCGCGCGGCGUGGGGCGAGGUGGCCGGCCCGCGUGCGCCCGCGCAGGACUACCGCGACUACCACUGUCUCACCUGGCACCUCGAGCCCACCGUGCGGUGCGUAUACCUGUCUCCCUCGCACUCGCUCCGGGCACGGGCACGCGCGCGGCGUGGGGCGAGGUGGCCGGCCCGCGUGCGCCCGCGCAGGACUACCGCGACUACCACUGUCUCACCUGGCACCUCGAGCCCACCGUGCGGUGCGUAUACCUGUCUCCCUCGCACUCGCUCCGGGCACGGGCACGCGCGCGGCGUGGGGCGAGGUGGCCGGCCCGCGCGCCCGCGCAGGACUACCGCGACUACCACUGUCUCACCUGGCACCUCGAGCCCACCGUGCGGUGCGUAUACCUGUCUCCCUCGCACUCGCUCCGGGCACGGGCACGCGCGCGGCGUGGGGCGAGGUGGCCGGCCCGCGUGCGCCCGCGCAGGACUACCGCGACUACCACUGUCUCACCUGGCACCUCGAGCCCACCGUGCGGUGCGUAUACCUGUCUCCCUCGCACUCGCUCCGGGCACGGGCACGCGCGCGGCGUGGGGCGAGGUGGCCGGCCCGCGCGCGCCCGCGCAGGACUACCGCGACUACCACUGUCUCACCUGGCACCUCGAGCCCACCGUGCGGUGCGUAUACCUGUCUCCCUCGCACUCGCUCCGGGCACGGGCACGCGCGCGGCGUGGGGCGAGGUGGCCGGCCCGCGCGCGCCCGCGCAGGACUACCGCGACUACCACUGUCUCACCUGGCACCUCGAGCCCACCGUGCGGUGCGUAUACCCGUCUCCCUCGCACUCGCUCCGGGCACGGGCACGCGCGCGGCGUGGGGCGAGGUGGCCGGCCCGCGCGCGCCCGCGCAGGACUACCGCGACUACCACUGUCUCACCUGGCACCUCGAGCCCACCGUGCGGUGCGUAUACCUGUCUCCCUCGCACUCGCUCCGGGCACGGGCACGCGCGCGGCGUGGGGCGAGGUGGCCGGCCCGCGCGCGCCCGCGCAGGACUACCGCGACUACCACUGUCUCACCUGGCACCUCGAGCCCACCGUGCGGUGCGUAUACCCGUCUCCCUCGCACUCGCUCCGGGCACGGGCACGCGCGCGGCGUGGGGCGAGGUGGCCGGCCCGCGCGCGCCCGCGCAGGACUACCGCGACUACCACUGUCUCACCUGGCACCUCGAGCCCACCGUGCGGCUGCUGUCGUGGGGCGGCAAGUCCAUCGAGCCGUACGGCGUGGACUACAUCCUGCAGAAGCUGGGGUUCUCGCACGCGCGCACCACCAUCCCCAAGUGGCUGCAGCGCGGCGCGCUCGACCCGCUGGACAAGCUGCUGGCGCUCGCGCUGCUGCGCCUCGUGGCGCUCCUACCGCACAAGCCGCCUCCACCUCCACCCUAGCCCUGCCGCGACUGUCACCGCUAGUGGCCCUCCCCCUCCCCCUCCCCCGCCCCGUGCACGCGCAACUCGCCACCUAAGUGCGUUUUCACAUUAUCCGAUCCGAUAUCGGAUGUCGGAAGGAUUUCAAAGGAAAAAAUCAAAGAUGGCGGCGUAAAUAUAUGGGAUAUCGGUCCGUCAUCCGAUAUCGGAUCGGACAAUGUGAAAACGCACUAACGACGACGUCAUAAUGUUCUAACCGAUGGCUUCAUUCAACUGCUCUAGACAAAGUGCUUGAUCUCGCUUUAAAAAUAAAGAGCGAAUUAAGCCUACGACGCGCUCAAGGUUCGAUCAAAUACUUGAAACUAGGUACUUUCUUGAUAGAAAAUAGCAUGAUGCAAAAUAAAAAUGCAAGCAACGAUCGGCAUAAUUUAAUAUAUACAUAACAAACCUCACGGGUUUGUAUUGAAAUCAGACUUGACCUUAUAUCUACCUACAUAUAAACAGACAUUUCAAUACGAGUAUCAGUAUAGCUAGAAAUUAGGAUAAAGAAGAUCAAACUAAUAUGAGAUCCAAUUGAGAUUUAGAGAAUGAAUAUUUUUGUUUCUUUCAAGGAAGAAUGUGGACAUUAUAGGCAGGAGUACACAAUAAAAGUUUUAUUAUAAAACUCGAUGGCAUGGCGAUGGCAUGACAAAUAAUGAAAAUAAUCAUGAGUAUAAAAGGUUGCAAUACCUACGUUUAUAUUUCUGAUUGUGCAGGACUCACGGCUAGUACGAAUCAAUCGACAAAAUAUGCUUUAAAUAGAUAACAUUCUGUGUUCACACGGUUAUGAACACAACAUUAUAAUUAUACAUUUAAUAUUAUUGAAUACGGCGGUGUAAUCUUUCAAAUAUAUCGAUAUUAUCUAGAAUUGAUUUUAAUGUUAAGUACAAUUUGAUCCUUGAUAUAAUUAGUCGAAAUCGUCCAUGUCUAACUUAAAUUUCCUUAUUAUUAUUAUUCCAAAGAUAUUAUUAUGUAUAAUCGUUUGAAUAUUUUUGUCUGUGUAUUUAGUUUUUAAUUUAGUGAACGGUGCAAACACUUUACUGCUUUAAUCCUCAAGUUAAGAUGGGUGUUGAAUAUGUCAGUACGGGACAACGGUGUUUACGGUGUAGGCAUAGCAUUAUCACUCUACUGGAAACCCACCCCGUGGAGAAGUACAGACGGUUUGGCGCUACAACGCUAGCCGCGUGGUGGCUGGCUGGCUGCUGAAGCGGGUAGCAGGCGGUUCUGGAGUAGUGACGGCGCAUUUUAGUUUGUUGUUAAGUAAAUGAGGUUAUAUGGGUUAUACAAAGACUGGGACAAACACUUGUAGGGGUUUCUCAUACUAUUGCUCUAUUUCGGAAAAAAAAAUAAACUACUUACUAGUAGGUAUGUCACUCUUAUCCCAUGCGAACUUAUGUGUAGUAUCGUCCAGGAAGAUAAAUUAAAGUGUGCCGCAAAAUGCAGAUAAUCGUUCCAACUACUGUAAAAUGCUUUAAUGUUCGAUGAGUCGGACCGUAUUAUUGUUUUAACUGAAGAAUUGGAUUUAGUAUAAAAGUGACAUUAGUGUGUUCAGUGGAGUCACUGCCUCUCGGCGCGUAGGUACUCGUAGAAGGCGCCAGCAAUAAUAGUUAGUUGUAGAUAGUGUGCACUGUGCACUGUGAGCGUCCAGCGUACGGUGCACGGCACGGGGGCUCGGCUCUGCGGGGCUCGUCGGUAACACUGGCGUCGUUGUGUCUGCAGGAGCCAUGCUCGUGCCUGCCAUCAGUGCUCUUCAUAUUGGCGAAUCGAAGACGCUCAUAGUCAAUAAUUUAUAACAUUCACAAAAAGUCUUUCGGUAAAUCUCCCUAGAAAAAGAUACAAAUUCUACUUCAUUGUCCGAAUGACCACCCACCUCUAGUAUUUUAUAAGAUUUAUUUAAAAAAAUAUAAAAUAUUUAACCAACAAACUAAAAUAAUGAUCAGAUGAUGACCAAUCCCAGUGUAGUGAAAGGUGGUACAGAUACAGGUGGUGUUCCAGUAGUGGUGUAAUUGUCUGUACAUUCGAGCAUUGCUAGCCAGUGUUACCGACGACCGACGAUCUGUAGGUAAAUUCGCGAAAGCGGCAGCUCUGUAUAAAUUUGUAUAUUAUGUUAAUGUGUAAGUAGGUCGAAGUUUCUUAUAUGUACUGAUUAUAUUUUUAUUAUGGAACUGGUAACUUUGUACAUAAUGUGAUACGAAUAAAUUAUUAGAAACA